AUGGUUUGUGUUGUGUGCAUAUUGCCACCGAUACUUCUGGCUAUAUACAUUAAGUUUAUUCAACCGGUCAUACUCCGGUUAUUACCAGAAUCAUGGAAGAUGAAAUUUAAUGCACUGUUGUACCCGACAUGUCCGAUUCCAACUUCUACGCAAAAUGUUGCUACUGCGUCGGACAAAGCUCCCAAUGUUCAUAGCCGAGAUGUUCAAAAACGAGAUGAGUAUCCUGAGAGUAACAAACAAGAAUAA